AUGCCUCCAAUAACAGUCUCCAAAGGCCGAAGCCCGUCCAACACCGACGACUCCUUCACCCAGAUGGCCGACAAAGACCUCGAAACCAUCGGCCGCCACUGCCAAUACGAAUACUGCGGCCAACUAGACUUCCUCCCCUUCCGCUUGUCCCCGCGAAGGCGAAUGGGCCCGCCGGCGCAACGGCACCCAAAACAACGAGAACCGUCCUCCCCCGAAAAACCCUCCAUCUACAACACAGACCAGUGUUUCCACACCCAGUGCAAAACCCUCAUCAACACCCUCAAAGACCCCGCCGUGCGCUGCCCUCAAUGCAACCACCAAUACUGCCUGAAACACCGCCUGCGCGAAGAACACGACUGCGCCAAGGUGACGCCGCUCGGGGCGCGCGCGGCAAACGCGGCGCCCGCGGAGACGAUCAAAUCCAUGUUCGCGCGCGUUCGCACUUGGGGCCGCGAUAAGCAGCAGGCGGCGGCUAGUGGGACGCUGUUGCCUGCGCUGCCGAAAAUGAAGCCUAAGCCUAAUAGUCCUGCUGCGCGAGCGGUGGCGGUGAAUGGAUUGAAGCGCUCUGCGAAGGGUGAUGCGUCAGUGCCGGCGGAUAAGAGGCUGUACCUCCAUACUGUGGGGACGGCGGAGACGCAGGUUGCGGAACCGCCGUCUGGGGACUUCUUUUUCGAUUUGCGGUGGAAGGUUGGUCGGGUGCUGGAUGAUGCGGCGAAGAAGUUGAGGGUGGAGAAUUUGAAUAAUCGGGUUGGUGGGGAGGAUGCGAAGCUGCGGAUCUUCCAUGUUGAGUCUGGGGAGUUUUUGGAGUUCUCGGAUUCUAUUGGUGCUGGGAAGGUGAAGCAGGGUGACACGAUUGUGUUGUUGCGUGGUGCUGGGGCUAUCCUUGGGAAUGCAUGA